AUGGCUAGUAAGGCUGCAAACAAGCGUUUGACACGCGAAUACAAAGCCAUCUCCGAGAACCCACCGCCUUACAUCACUGCUCAUCCUUCAGAGUCAAACAUCCUCGAAUGGCACUACAUCAUUACUGGUCCUGAGGAUACACCCUAUCAUGGGGGUCAAUACUGGGGUACUCUGAUGUUCCCUCCGAACUAUCCGUUUGCGCCGCCCGCCAUUCGAAUGCACACCCCUUCAGGCCGAUUCCAACCAUCGACGCGACUAUGCCUGUCCAUCUCCGACUUUCACCCCAAAUCUUUUAAUCCCGCAUGGGAGGUUUCAACCAUCCUAAUCGGAUUGCUGUCUUUCAUGACGAGCGAAGAGAUGACGACUGGUUCCGUUUCUAGUACAGCGGCCGAACGACGAUAUCUCGCAGCGCGAUCGCGUUGGUGGAACUCGACCGGCAACGGCUCUAACGCUAAGAGCAAUCCCGCCAACAAGGGCAACGUCAAGGCCGGCGAUGGUGGUGCCAAGUUCCGAGCUGAGUGGCCCGAGGUGGAUACCGAGAACUGGGAGUGGAUGAAGAAGAACAAGGUCGACCCCCUUACGGGCAACCGAUUAGACGCCGACAACAAUGGAUCAUGCCGACCUCAGCUGGGCAUCUCUGGUACUAGCGGACACCAGGCCCAAGCUGUUGUGGACGUGGUCAACCAGCAGCGAGAUGCCGGAACAGGGUGGAUAUAUCGGAACAAGCUCGUCGUAGCUGGAGCGGCCAUCUUCAUCUACGUCCUCAUCGCCCGACUUGUGAGGGGCGAUGCGUAA